UUGAUAGAAAUUUCCCUUUUUUUGUCACAUCCGACCGAUUUUCUGUGUGUGUAACCCAUUCUUGUGGCAAAAUCUAGGGACAUGUGUGUGCUUUUAGUCGUUUUGUGGAAGUUUCUCUAAUCAAUAAUUUAACUUUUUAAAAUUCAACUAGUGUCUGUUCCCUGUACAGAAUAACUAAGGCCAUGGGUUGAAACGUUCCUUUCACUCGUGUAGAAACGUCUUCGAAUGACACACCACUCUCCUUGCAAUAGCCACCUGCACGUGAGAUCACGGUUUAAAAAUAAAUUGUAAAUAUCUAGGAUCAUGGACACAAAUCUCACUAUUUACAUUUAAAUUUCCAUAAUGUAUAAUUCAGUAAGAUCAUGUUGUCAACUAAUAUAGGGUCAUGACGUUUGCAAAUAUGAUGUUGUGUAGAAUAUUCUCUGAUCGUGCCAUUGAACCGUUCGAUUGUGAAGUAACACGAGUUUGAGUGCGAACAAAGUUCGUGUUUGAUCUCAAGUGCGAUUAAAAUUACACGAGUUCGAGUUAGAAAUAUAUGUGCGUUAAGCGAGAGGGUUGAGCGAGAGUUACACGGGUGCGAAUUCGGUUUCGAACUCGAGUGCGAACGAAGUUACACGAGUUCGUGUUUGAUUUCGAGUUCGGCAAAAAUAAGACGAGUACGAGUGCGAAAAACGCUACAAGGGGUACGAAUUCGCGUUCGAGUUUAAGUGCGAACCAAGUUCGCAUUUGAGCUCGAGUGCGAACAAUACGCGAGUUCGAUUUCAGAUUCGAGUACGCCGAAAAACGAUAUUGAGUUCGAGAUGGAGUGCACGGGUACAAAAUUGAUAUACGAGUACAAAACUACGAGUUCGAGUACAAAAUGUGUACAUGUAUAUGGGUAAGAGUAUUUAAACGGUUUAACCACCACCAGCCAAGCUUGAAGUAUUUGUUUAGGCAAGUAUGGUGGGGUCAUGUGUAGCAAUAAUUUUAUUUCGCCGUUUUGCGUAUUUCUUUUCCAAAUUGCAACAUUUGCACUUGAGUUGUUGUUUAAUCUUCCACCUUCUGCAUGACAAUUGACGACUUGUUGACACUUGUUGCGAUUUCCCUUUGUGACAUUUUUUUAGGGCCAUGUGUAAAAAUCAAGCUUUGAAAUUUUAGUCAUAUCUAUAUGUUUUCUCGUCUUUCUACGUUGAUACUCCUUGUAAAAAAUAAAUCUAGGGCCAUGUGUUUACAAAACCUUUCAUCGCCGUUUCGAAGAAAUUUCUGCGAAUCCCAUAUUAUGUCUUGUGUUUUCUUCUGUGAUGUGACCGACUAUGUUACAGGAUUCUAGGGCCAUGUAAACUAAUCUUACUUCGUCUUAAAUUCCUUUAAUCGUAUUAGGCCUAUGCAAAAUUAUUGCAGGGUCGUGUGAUGUACUUCCUUCGUUUUGUAUAGAAACUUCUGUAAUUGCCGGACAUGUAUUCCUUGCAAACUACUUGUCCCUUCUUUCCACCUUGAGUGAGUUUCAUUGUGUAAAAUUCUCUAGAACAAUGUAAUACGUUUCCAUAGCUAUUUUGAAGUUUAAGAUCUAGAUCUAAGUUUUCUUGUGUAUGAAUUCUGUGUAUCCCUGACUUGUUAAUUGGGAUUCAUUGAAUGAAAUACGCUAGGGACAUGCACGUUUACAAAUCUAUCAUAUUUGCAGUAAUUUCCUCAAUUGCAACGCCAUGCACCGCCCUCGUAACUAUAACACCGAGAGUUAUUCUUCAUGAUGUGCAUGUAAAGGGCCAUGUGUGCAGAUCUUACAGAGUAGACUUGACGUAAUGAUUGUGUAACAUGCAAUCACAGAGAUGGUGUAUCCACAGUUAUUUUGUGACAUGAAAUAGUCUUUGAUCCUUAAUAUGUCAUAUUGACAUAGUAUAAUGUUCUUAUGUUAACUUCUAUUAAAGAUCGGUAAUGCUGUUGUGUUAGGGCCAUGGUGACAAUGCUGUUAAUAAUCAGGUGAUGACACCUAUUACGUCGGAUGCACAGUUGUAAAGUGUCGUCUGAGUCUAUAAAGUAGUGAAACAAAAUGGAAUCGUUGAGACCUGUAAAAAAAGUGGAGGUUUUGAUUGACACUAACGUUCCAUUCCAAUAAAUCCGAUCUAUUAAAUCCGAUCAACAGGGAUCGGUAUAUGCCUAUAAUUGUUGUGUUAGGGCCAUGGUGACAAUGUUGCUAAUAAUCAGGUGAUCACUCUGUGAAUCGUCAUCUGCGUCUAUACAGAGUACAACCAACUAGGUUCAUUGAUAUUUUAAGACCUGCAAAACAAGUGGAGGUUUUGAUUGACAUUAACCGUUUCCAUUCCAAUAAAUCCGAUCUAUUAAAUCUGAUCCACAGCAAUCGGUAAUAUGCCUAUAAUUGUUGUGUUAGGGCCAUGGUGACAAUGAUACUAAGCUUGAUGACACCUGUUAUAUUGGAUACGCCCCAUAAUCACUUUGUGAAGUGUCGUCUGAGUCUAUACAGAGUAAAAUAAAAUGGAUUCAUUGAUAUAUUUUAAGACCUGCAAAACAAGUGAGGUUUUUGAUCGACAUAACUUCUCAAUUCCGAUAAGUCCGAUCAGCACACUCAGGUCGGCAAUGUGAAUAUUGUUUCCCUCUGAACAGGUGCGCGCUGCUUUUGGCAAACUGGAACUUCGCGACCAGUAUGCCCAUUCAUCUUGAGUAAGUCCUUACCUACGUGUUCCCUUUCUCUACGGUAGUACCCAUUACUAUGUGGUCAGGUAAGGGCCACUAGUAACGAUGUGGUCAGGUAAGGGCCACUAAUUACAUUACCUUCACCGUCUGUAUGUAUGAGACUGCGCAGCCAGUUAGGCCUAGUAAUCUUGGAAGGGAAGACUUAACUAAGUUUCCCUUUUUCUGUGGUACUACCUAUUACAGUGGCCAGGUAAGGGCCACUAAAUGAGUCUAUACCUAGUUAGGCCUUGCAAUUUCUUUUCUAUGGUUGUAUCUUUCAUUAGUGGUCAGGUAAGGACCACAUUUUCCCUUGUUUCGCCACAAUACCGGUCACUAAUUUGACCAAGAAAUCACUGUAUAUUUACUGACCUAACCUAGCUCCGCUAGGUGGACAUUUUCUUCUUCUUUUUUGUAAGUCCAUUCUUAGCCACUUGCAGUUAGAUAUGGGGACAUGGAAGCCCGACUGUUCCGGCCAGAUGCGGAGGAACCGGAAGCAGGGAGGAGGAACAACGGAUGACUGAGGACCCUGCUUGCCGGGCAUCCCAUUUCUGCUUUCUUGGAAAUGAGAGUCUACCAGAUGAGAUGUCAUUCUGGACGAAGUCACAAUCGAUUCCGAAUCUCAAGGAACCGGAAGCAGGGAGGAGGACCGACGGAAGAACUGAUGACCUGCUUGCAGAGCAAGUCUUCACCACUUAUUGAGAUUCCACUUGCUUCCUCUUGAGUGCAGUUAUUCACUAGGGAGGAAUCAACACGAAACGUAGCAACACUCAACUUGGUCUGAUAAACGCCCGAGCGGAAAGAUUCAAGGCAGACGGAGCUUUGGUUUCAACCCACCAACAUCCACCGUCGAUCUUGAACACUCAGUGCCGAGUCGCCGAGGCUUUGAUACCGUCCCAAGCAGUGUUCGAACGGUAUAGUGCAAGAGGACCGCGUGCUGGUCAUCACCGAAGCCUUUGAACUUCGCGUCAAGUGUUGCGGGUAGCCAUGGUGCUCAAGAUUGUCCUGUUCCUGCUGAUAGCGGUGUGUAUGGGUCCAUCUGUCAAAGCAUGGAGCUAUAGCUCCAUGGCCAAAGCCACAGCGCGUCCCGGCUUCCAAGCCAGGAUCAGCCAGUCCGGGCUGAAUUAUCUGCGAGAUGCUGGGCUAGCCAUUCUGAAGGAAGAAAUCAAACAUCUGUCAAUCCCCGAUAUCAGUGGCAAGGCUAAUGUGCCUAUUCUUGGCGGCAUUGACUACACAAUCUCAAACAUGCGAAUCACAAGCUUCGCCACCUCAUCAGCCACACUCACCACCCAAUCUGGAGUCGGACUCGUCCUGCGAGCCAGCGGGAUCACAGUGCCUUCGACCGGAGACUGGCAUUACAGAAACCACUGGAUCAUUCCUAUCAGAGAUGGUGGUAGCUUUGAUGCAAGCAUGUCCGGCGCCUCUCUCGACCUGACGCUCAGAAUUGGCAAGGACCAGGCUGGACGCCCAACUGUCAGCUCGACCGGUUCCGAUUGUUCCUUCGAUGCGGGCAGGGUUCACGUCACGUUUCAUGGAGGUGCCAGCUGGUUGUACAAUAUGUUUUCUGGAAGCAUCAGCAACUCCAUCAAAGGUGCGCUCAACGAACAGACAUGUUCCAUGAUAACCCGCGAGGUCAAUACGGAUCUACAGAGGCAGUUUUCCAAUCUGCAAACCCAAGCCAUCAUCGACCAGUGGGCCGUGAUUGACUACUCCUUCGUGACAACUCCCCAAUUCUCCGGCCACGUCGACACCGCCCACAAGGGAGAGGUGUUUCUGAGGGACUCGCCCCGUAAGGAGGCGCCGUACACAGUGCCCGUCAUACCGUCGGAUCCUGACGUUUCCCGGCACGUUUUUCUCUGGGUCACCGAUUACCUGUUCCAGACAGCUGCCAACGUGUACUACGAGGCGGGCAGGUUUAGGUUCACCGUUACACAGGACAAUCUGCCUCCUGGUAGAUACAACCUAAAUACUUCCUCGUUCCUUGUGAGUUCUACUUUGCCUGAUGUGUCCCAGAAGUAUCCGAACAUGCUGAUGCAAGUAAACGCCAAUGCGACAGCGCCGCCAGCGAUUAACUUCGGCGAGGGCCAGGUCAACGUCUCCCUUAAGGUUGACUUGGAUUUUUUCGUCACCUUGCCCAGCAAAAGUCUGAAGUAUCUCUUCACCUUGAACUCGACCAUCAGUGGAUCGACCUUGCUGUCGAGUGAUGGCAGAAGUAUCAAAUGGAUGACCGACUCCUUGCGUGUUGCUGUUGCUUUGAAACGAACCGCCAUCGGAAAUAUCAGGAUGAAACCGAUCAGUGAGGCAGUAAACGCCCUGACAAGUUUCUACCUCAUUCCAUGGAUCAACGAUGAAGGAAAGAAGGGUUUCCCUUUGCUUGACAGUCCUAACAUCAAGUUGGAAAAUACAGUCCUCAAGCAAAGAAAGGGCUUCAUCAAACUUGCUGCUGACAUCAAAUUCACCUCUUCAGCUUAACUGCUCUAGAGCGGGAAGAUAGCACAGGGUCCAUAAGAUCAAAUUAAUUGGAUAGAAACUCGUCUGAGUCUAAUGGAAAUGCGGCCCGUGCCAUCUAUAUUACAGCCAUUACAAAUGGUUCAUUUGGAAAUGGAAUAUAAUUCCAGUGUGAUUAGAAACUAUGAAACAGCGCAUUUACGCAGAUAGUUAUAUCAAUUAUUGGGUCUUUUUUGAGGUGGUUUUUGUAUGUUUGUAAAACAUUAUCCAAAGCCUGUAAAUUAUUGCAGAAUGACGUUUGAGAAACGUGCAUGUAGAUGAGAAUUAUUGUCCUUGUAUCGUGU